AGAGGCUAGGGGACCCAGCCCUCACGGUUGGUGGAUCGUGCCCGGCAUAGUGGCCAGGCUCCGGGGCUUACCCAGGGGACCAGGACAGGCUCCUGGUGUCGCCCACCGCUGGCACUGAGCAGUGGGCGCCUUUGGGUGCUGCGGUCCUUCCUUCAGGUUUCAGUGGGAAUGGACGGACAGAUCUGGAGUUGAAAAUUCUUUUCACAACUCAUGUUCAACUGUUUGUGUUGCCAAAAUGCUCUUAAUGAGGUCAGUUUUCUUCCUCUUUUUUUAAAAACUGAUCGUUGUGAGAGUGAAACAGGUUUUACAGAAUGUUUAACACCUCCGUCUUCCCUGAAGUAAUUUUGCUGUUUCAAGUUUUGGGAUUCAGUAUUACAAAGCCUUCCUCUUGAGCAAGGCCUAGUACAGUUCUUAAAGGUCCCUAGCAUGUUAAUUCGAGGUGUUUUGAGCGUGCAUGUACAGGAAGUGCAGCCGUUUGGCCGUUGAGUUAGUCCUCCAUCCAGCCUUGUUAGAAAAGCUUUCGCUGAAUUUUUUAUUUAGUGGAGUGGUCAUGUUCUAAUGCUGCAGUACUUUGGGGAGUAUUCCAUUAUACUUGGCAGUUAUUCACGAAAUACUGAACUUGUGAUAAGGUUUUGUUUUGGUGCUCAGCAUUUCUAAAUGAAUAAGUGGGACUGUGAAUAAGAAAGAUCACCUCACUUUCUGUUUUUAGAGUUAUUGUGGUCAUUUGAUAACUCCUUUCUGUCUUUGUGAAAGUAAUUACUGUAAGCUGGAGUGGCGGUAGUAGGGGUAGGAAGGAGGUCAGUAGAGUGGUUCCCACGUCUCAUUCAAAGUAUCUGGUAGAUCCAAGUGGGGUAGGGUAGUUAACAGUAGCUUUUUUUUUUUUAUUUUUUAUUUUUUGAGACGGAGUUUCGCUCUUGUUGCCCAGGUUGGAGUGCAAUGGCAUGAUCUCAGCUCACCACAGCCUCUGCCUCCUGGGUUCAAAUGAUUCUGCUGCCUCAGCCUCCUGAGGGGAUUACAGGCAUGCGCCAUCACGCCCGGCUAAUUUUAUAUUUUUAGUAGAGACAUUUUUUACAUGUUGGUCAGGCUGGUCUUGAACUCCCGACCUCAGGUGAUCUGACCGCCUAGGCCUCCCAAAGCGCUGGGAUUACAGGCACCACCGCGCCCGGCCAACAGUAGUAGCUUUUGAGAAGUGACUCUUCAAACAAGGUAUCUCGAAACAAUGUAAUACAACUUAGUUUGCUUUCUCUUCAAAAUAUUGUUUCUAAUUAUAGAUCUUAUCCGGAGUAUUUCUCCCCUAAUUUAGAAUAGGAAAGUGGUAUCAGAAAGUGCAUAAUAACUUUAAUUUGUACAGUUAUAUUUGCAUAGUUGUUUGCUUGGCAAGAAGAGAUCGGGCCCAGCAUGUAACCCAAAAGAAUAUUGUUUCUGUUUUGAAAGAUCCCUGAUAGAAACUUAUGUUAGUUUGUAUAAGAGGGUACAAGGAAAAAUGCAGAUUAUUUAGAGUACAGGAAUUACUAUGUAGAAAGUACUGUGACCAGGUGAAGAGGACUUAAAGAUACAGAAGGCAAUGUUCCUGCCUUCAGGGUAGUUGAACCUUAUCUCUUACUUUAACUGUCAACAAGUACAAGAUUGUUUUGAUUGAAGAACAUAUGCGGGUACAGUGGAUGUACAAAGGAGAUAGUGGUCAAUUUCUUAAAGUGAAGAAAAGAGCUGAAGAAGAGGGAAACUGUAAGGAAAAACUAUGUAGAAGGUGAUGAAAAUCAGGAGUGUACAGGCAUAGAAAGAAUGGGCAUUUAGGUAGAAGGAGCAGUGUGAGAAAAAGCAUGGGAGUCUAAAAUUACAGAGUAGCAGCUGCAAAAAUAGCAAGUAUAAUACAGGGUGGUGGCAAGACCUGAAACUGGGGAGAUAGGCAGAGAACAAAUUAUGGAUCUUGCAGACCAUCAAAAUAAUUACAAUUUUAUUUUAUAAGCAAAUAGGAGUCAUUGAGAGGACAAAGAAGAGACCUAAGCCAGCUCACCCCAUUUUUAACCCUCUGCUAUAGGUCAGGCACUGUAUUAGACACCAUCGCUCAGUUUUAUUGGUUUUGUUGUAUUAGCCUCUGAAGUAGGCAAUUAUUGGUGUGAACAUACAUUUUAAAAAACAUCUGGAGUCGAGUGCAAGAGUGUAAGAGUGUCAACUCAGUGCAAGUACUGUUGGUGAGCAUUAUGUCCUGAGGAUGAAAUCGGAGGACCAACAGGCCCAGGAGGCUUCACAGCGAACACCACAUGCCUCACACCCAAAAGGACAGCAGACCACGCUUCAGAACGGAACCGCCUUCUCCAUAUAUGGAGUUUUGCUAUGUUGCCCAGGCUGGUCUUAAACUUUGAGCUCAGGCAGUCCACCCCUCUCGGCCUCCCAAAGUGCUGGGAUUACAGGUGUGAGCCACCGUGUCCUGCCAAGAUUUUUAUUUUAGAAAGAUCAUUCUGGAAUUGUAGAGUAAGGAUUUCAGAAGGGAUGGAGAGAAGGUGUAAUGGAUAGGUAACAGAGAAGAGCUCGUCCCUUCCUAGUCAGGGCAUCAGCAUGACUGAGUGCUUCCUGCCCCCCACCAGCAGCCCCAGUGAACACCGCAGGGUGGAGCAUGGCAGCGGGCUUACCCGGACCCCCAGCUCUGAAGAGAUCAGCCCUACUAAGUUUCCUGGAUUGUACCGCACUGGCGAGCCCUCGCCUCCCCAUGACACCCUCCAUGAGCCUCCUGAUGUAGUGUCUGAUGAUGAGAAAGACCAUGGGAAGAAAAAAGGGAAAUUUAAGAAAAAGGAAAAGAGGACUGAAGGCUAUGCAGCCUUUCAGGAAGAUAGCUCUGGAGAUGAGGCAGAAAGUCCUUCUAAAAUGAAGAGGUCCAAGGGAAUCCAUGUUUUCAAGAAGCCCAGCUUUUCUAAAAAGAAGGAAAAGGAUUUUAAAAUAAAAGAGAAACCCAAAGAAGAAAAGCAUAAAGAAGAAAAGCACAAAGAAGAAAAACAUAAAGAGAAGAAGUCGAAAGACUUGACAGCAGCUGAUGUUGUUAAACAGUGGAAGGAAAAGAAGAAAAAGAAAAAGCCAAUUCAGGAGCCAGAGGUGCCUCAGAUUGAUGUUCCAAAUCUCAAACCCAUUUUUGGAAUUCCUUUGGCUGAUGCAGUAGAGAGGACCAUGAUGUAUGAUGGCAUUCGGCUGCCAGCCGUUUUCCGUGAAUGUAUAGAUUACGUAGAGAAGUAUGGCAUGAAGUGUGAAGGCAUCUACAGAGUAUCAGGAAUUAAAUCAAAGGUGGAUGAGCUAAAAGCAGCCUAUGACCGGGAGGAGUCUACAAACUUGGAAGACUAUGAGCCUAACACUGUAGCCAGUUUGCUGAAGCAGUAUUUGCGAGACCUUCCAGAGAAUUUGCUUACCAAAGAGCUUAUGCCCAGAUUUGAAGAGGCUUGUGGGAGGACCACGGAGGCUGAGAAAGUGCAGGAAUUCCAGCGUUUACUCAAAGAACUGCCAGAAUGUAACUAUCUUCUGAUUUCUUGGCUCAUUGUGCACAUGGACCAUGUCAUCGCAAAGGAACUGGAAACAAAAAUGAAUAUACAGAACAUUUCUAUAGUGCUCAGCCCAACUGUGCAGAUCAGCAAUCGAGUCCUGUAUGUGUUUUUCACACAUGUGCAAGAACUCUUUGGAAAUGUGGUACUAAAGCAAGUGAUGAAACCUCUGCGAUGGUCUAACAUGGCCACGAUGCCCACGCUGCCAGAGACCCAGGCGGGCAUCAAGGAGGAGAUCAGGAGACAGGAGUUUCUUUUGAAUUGUUUACAUCGAGAUCUGCAGGGUGGAAUAAAGGAUUUGUCUAAAGAAGAAAGAUUAUGGGAAGUACAAAGAAUUUUGACAGCCCUCAAAAGAAAACUGAGAGAAGCUAAAAGACAGGAGUGUGAAACCAAGAUUGCACAAGAGAUAGCCAGUCUUUCAAAAGAGGAUGUUUCCAAAGAAGAGAUGAAUGAAAAUGAAGAAGUUAUAAAUAUUCUCCUUGCUCAGGAGAAUGAGAUCCUGACUGAACAGGAGGAGCUCCUGGCCAUGGAGCAGUUUCUGCGCCGGCAGAUUGCCUCAGAAAAAGAAGAGAUUGAACGCCUCAGAGCUGAGAUUGCUGAAAUUCAGAGUCGCCAGCAGCACGGCCGAAGUGAGACUGAGGAGUACUCCUCCGAGAGCGAGAGCGAGAGUGAGGAUGAGGAGGAGCUGCAGAUCAUUCUGGAAGACUUACAGAGACAGAAUGAAGAGCUGGAAAUAAAGAACAAUCAUUUGAAUCAAGCAAUUCAUGAGGAGCGCGAGGCCAUCAUCGAGCUGCGCGUGCAGCUGCGGCUGCUCCAGAUGCAGCGAGCCAAGGCCGAGCAGCAGGCGCAGGAGGAUGAGGAGCCUGAGUGGCGCGGGGGUGCCGUCCAGCCGCCCAGAGACGGCGUCCUCGAGCCAAAAGCAGCUAAAGAGCAGCCAAAGGCAGGCAAGGAGCCGGCAAAGCCAUCGCCCAGCAGGGAUAGGAAGGAGACGUCCAUCUGAGCAGCCUGCGCGGCCGUCUGGAGUCCGCGAGACUGAAAGGACCCGUGCAUCUUACUGUAACCCGGGGGCCAGGCCGGCUCUCUCCCUGUACAUUCUGUAAAGGUGUCUUCUCUUCUCAGACUCUUCCUCUGUCACACGUCUGACUCCUUCGUGUCAGGCUCAGGUUCCAUGGGAGGAUGAAGCAGUGGACACAUUGUGGGCUUUAGGGACAGAUGAGUUUUCCAGAUAGCGUCAGCUUAUUUGAAGAUUAAUUUUCUUUGUUAACUUAAAAUAACUAUUUUAACCCUUGAGUGGCUUCUUUUUAAACCAAAAAUCGUCUUUCUUUGCUUUUUUAUCACAGCAGAAUCAGGAUGUCUUUCUCAUUCAAGGGGGGAACCACACCAGGUCAGCGCUGCGCCUGCUGUGGCCGCCGCAAGCCACGCCCUCCGGGAUCUCUGGUACCGUCACUCUUGCUUGUGCCUUCCACACCUUCUCGGUGCAGAUCCCUAUGGGGGAGCUGCCUCACGUUCUCUGACUGGUCAGAGCAGCGCCUGGUGGGUGUUCCCUGGCCCACUCUCCUCUCUCCUUCUGCAGUUCUAAACCACAGUCCAUAAGCCUGAGUCACCAGGACGGCCUAUCUGGCCACAGACAGGGGCUGCCUGUGGAGCCUGCCCAACCACCCCAGGCAGCGCAGGCCAGCGGGGAGGAGGCCGCCCGUUCCUGCCAGUCCUCACUGCGGGGACCAGCAAAGGCCUUCUCACUGGGUUGGUCAAAGGUAGUCACCUUGGCCUGGUGCAUCCACAGAGGAUGUUGUUCAAACCAGAAAUCUUUUAAACGACUGACCUUCCUUAAAAACAGAAUGACUCCGAUUGCUUGCUUGGGCUAGAAUGUACAUGUCUCCUUGCCUGAAUAAGCCAUAUAUAUGCUCUUAAACAAAAGUUUGAAAUUAUCCAUAUCAUCUCAGUGAACCUACUGGUGGACUCCCAAUUGACAAGAUUGAGCAAUAGAAAAAAAUUCCUUUCCUUUGAAUGAUAGCUGUGAUUCAUUCACCCCACCCCAUUUUCUUGUUUCUGGUCCAUCCGAUGCUCUGAUGCUCUGAGGCUUCUGGGAGGCUGGGCCCUGGAGGCAGCGUGCUGCAGGCGCACUCUGUCAGAGUGAACAGCACCGUGAGACAGGCCAGGCCUGUGGCUCGGAAGACAAACCCCACACACACUCAAGGGGUCGAAAACAAACCCCACACGAGGGCUCUCUCCUCCUCCUCCUAGGUAGUAUUUAUUUUCAGCACCUGUUUGAUGCAGUUUUUAAUCCUCUCUACCUAUUGCACUGUUGUGACUCGUUGGCCAUUAUUUGAUUUUUGUACGAAAAAAAGCUUUGUUAUAGAAAUCAGCAUACUAUUUUUUUAAAUCUGGAGAGAAGAUAUUCUGGUGACUGAAAGUAUGGUCGGGUGUCAGAUAUAAAUGUGCAAAUGCCUUCUUGCUGUCCUGUCGGUCUCAGUACAUUCACUUUAUAGCUGCUGGCAAUAUCGAAGGUUCCUUUUUUGUUUGUGUAAACUCUAAUUUCUAUCAAGGUGUCAUGGAUUUUUAAAAUUAGUAUUUCAUUACAAAUGUCUCAGCAUUGGUUAACUAAUUUUUGCCAGGACCAUUAUUGAUCAAGCAAAUAAAUUCAACAGCCAUUUGGGAAAAAGAAAA